GGUCUUCAGUUCCGCGCCGCUCCUCGUCUCGACCCAUCCAAGAGUGGGUGUGCUUGCGGCCGUCUUAUCUCACGGUCACAGAGUGUUCAUCACUCUAUUCCACAAAAACCACUAAAAUUAUAUUUAUCACAAUAUAUAAACUCUUUAAAAAUGUAAGUGCGAUGACAAUUUUUAAAAUUGAGAGGUGUAAAUAUAAAGUGACAUUUCCGCCACAAGAAAAUGUAACAGGUAUCCGGUCGGGGCUAUCUCGGACUUCGUACGUAUAGGUUUGAUUUUGGAAUUCGGGUGGGAAAGGUGAGAAAGUUCUUGAAGCAAUGCUGAACCUGGAACUUCAGAGUGUUUCGGGGAAGAACAUGCAAGAGAAGAAUGUGUCCUCUAACAAUCUGUUGAUGUGCCGUCAAUGGUGGAAGGUGUGUUGGGUCUAUGGAGAUCAAGAGAAAUAUUACCGACAGUUGUACGGAAGGAGACAUGCGCCUUCCGCCACUGUCGUAACCGUCCAGAGGGAGGUUUCCGCCCUGCAUCACGAGAAGGUUUGCCGCAACUGUAAGAGUCCCCGGGAGGAGCAUAGCGACAUCAUGUCUCAACCCGCCUCCCCAUCUCUACGGCCCCCGUCCUUACCGACCCCGGACUCCACCCCUGACAAAUUACUAGAGAAGUUGGUCUCGGAGCCCCAAAGGCACUCUCAGUCAGAUGAUGACUCAGGGUGCGCUCUCGAAGAGUACACUUGGGUUCCGCCGGGCCUUAGGCCUGAUCAGGUACAUCUGUACUUCUCAGUUCUGCCCGAGGACAAGGUGCCCUACGUGAACUCCGCAGGUGAGAGGUACCGAGUCCGGCAGUUGCUGCACCAGUUGCCGCCUCACGACAAUGAGGUUCGCUACUGCCACAGCCUCUCGGAUGAAGAGCGGAAGGAACUAAAGAUAUUUUCCUCCCAAAGGAAAAGAGAGGCUCUAGGAAGGGGCACAGUACGACAACUCUUGGCUCCCAUGCCGUGUGAAGGGUGUGACGAGAGGCUAUCGACGGGAGACAUGAGCGUGUUCGCCUCCAGAGCCGGCCCCAACAGCUGCUGGCAUCCUGCGUGUUUUGUCUGCUCAGUCUGUCAGGAGCUGCUGGUAGAUCUCAUCUACUUCUACAGGGAAGGCAAACUCUACUGCGGCCGCCACCACGCCGAGACUCUCAAGCCUAGGUGUUCCGCCUGCGACGAGAUAAUCCUAGCGGACGAGUGCACGGAGGCGGAGGGUCGCGCGUGGCACAUGAAACACUUUGCGUGUCUUGAGUGCGACCAACAACUGGGAGGUCAGAGGUACAUCAUGAGGGAUGGUCGUCCCUACUGCCUCACCUGCUUCGACGCCAUGUUCGCCGAGUACUGUGACUCCUGUGGAGAACCCAUUAAAGUGGACCAUGGCCAGAUGAGCCACGAGGGUCAGCACUGGCACGCCACGGAGAAGUGUUUCUGUUGCCACAACUGCCGCGCCUCUCUGCUGGGUCGGCCGUUCUUACCACGGCGAGGAGCCAUCUACUGCAGUAUCGCCUGCAGCAAGGGAGAACCGCCUACGCCUUCUGAUUGCUCGAGUUCUGCUACGCGCUUAGCACUCAGGCCGCGACAUAGAUCGUCUUCUGGGGCCGUCUCAAGCCCCCCGCCAUCACCUUCGGACACCCCACUUCCCUUAACAAUGUCAGACAACGUCAUUGAGUUGAGGAAGAGCAUCUUGCCUUUACCAGAAGAAGUGAUGGGGUUCUCACCCAUCCAUGAGUCCACUAAAAUGCAUUACAAGCCAUCGUCUGUUGACCGACCACCAUGCGAUAAGGAGUUCCAGAGGAGGAUUGGGGUUCGAACGUUUCCUUUGCGAGUAGAAUGUAAGAAGCCACCGAGCCAGAUGCGAGCCCUGCCUCCAAUUCCGGAUGAGAAGCCAUCGCUAUCACCGACAUCUUCGUUAUCAUCCUCAAAUCAUUGUCGACCAGUGGUCAACAAAUCUACAGUAAUUCAAAAUGGAGAUCAGAUUUCUCCUGAAAGCCAAUACCAAGCUCUAAGAUUUCCUUCUCCAUCAACGUCGUCCUCAAGAGAAAGGAAAUGCCAUCAGAGAAAUCCCAGGACUUGGACAAAACCUCCAGACUACGGUUUGGUUAGGGGAUUACCUCCACUUCUUCCUUCAAGCGAGCCAAUCUCUCAUGUCACAACUUUAUCAAAAGAUGUGGAUGAAGAGAUUUACAAAUCGCCAAACAAUACUGACAGUUUAUUAAAUAGUACAGAUCAUGUUGAUCACUACUCGACCCUGGAACAUGCAGGAGAGGAUAUCAGUAAAGAGCCUCAUCCAGAGAUUAGUCCAUCCUGCAUUACGCUAGAAGCUUGCAUUGAAAAUCUAGUCAUAGAAGAAGUUACUGAAACUUGCCAUACGAAUGUAGCGUUGGAGGAUAAUAUGUUAGGAUUAAAACCAGAAAAAAUGACAGGUGUUACUAAUGUAAGUCGCGAUCAGGUGCGGACUGAAUUUCAAGAGAUGAUGUCAAGUAUAGAUGACAAGCAAGAGGUUUGUGAAAAGGAAGAGAUUUGCUUAAAAGACAUUUGUGAAGUUCGAGAAAUCGAGACUAAAGUGAUUGUGGAUUCUAGAUACGAUGUUUCUGACUCAAGUGAUGACAGUUGUCGAGGAUCACCUCGUCCAGAAAUCACAGAACAGACUUCCGGUCCUAAUUCUCCUUCGAAAAAAAAUCUCAGUGUCAGAUUUGAAGGACCUUCCCCUCAACCUUCCACAGAAGACCGGAAGUUCGUUGAAAGGAGAAGAAGAAAAAAGAGUCGUAGAAGUCACAGGGAUUACUUAGACAAACACAGGUACCAAGAAGAGUCCAGUAGUACUUGUUCGACUUGCUCUUCAAGCUCAAGCAGCGAUGAUGAAUCAGCAUACCGUCUUCCCAGAAGACGUGCCUAUGGAGGAGUCAGAAUAAGUUAUGUUCCUAACGACGCGUUGGCAGUGGCCAGGCAGAGGAAACAAGCCAACAGCCAACAAAUCUCCCCAUCUAAGAAGAUAGUAGCUGACAAGAACUGUACAAUAUCAUGAUGGGCUAUUUGAGGCCUAGCAUAUCUAACUGGUUUAGUGAAGAAAUUUAAAAACAGGUAUAACUAACAACCUCAUGGAGCAGCCUACCACCAGCUCAGUACCUGUUCAACACUCACAUCCUCAGCCUUAGAGUAACAGUUAGUUUAUAAAAUGGUACCUGAUUUUCAACCAAAUAUCCUAAUAAAUUUAAUAUUUUAGUAACA